GCCCAAGUUCGACGACAGAUGUUAUCGAGCGACUUUUUGAGUCGAUGGGAAAACGCCUUCUGCGCAGCGCCACCGAGCGCCUUAGCACCGGUUGAGUUAGCGAAUACAGUGCACCUCUACGCCACUGCUGGUCUGCGCCCAUCCGACAGCUUUUUUCAACACUGGCAGAAAGUGUUGAUUGCCAAGAGGAGUAGGAAAAAUGGUGCAGCUAACGGUAAUCAUGGUUGUAAUGGAGUACAUGAUGGACACACCGAUUUGCAGGAAGGGAUUAUCGAUACGUUCAAUGCGAGUGAUAACCACGGAUCGAAUGGAACUAUUACUCCUUUAUGGUUCUUGGUCUUGGACUUGAGUGAUUGCAUUGGCAUUUCCAACAUGCGCACUCAGUCGUUUGCCAACUGAGUUUAUUUCAUGAGUAAAGGUAGACUCCUCAGCGUAUCAUCUUGAUCUUCCUCCCCUCUUACUUUCAUGAUCUUCCUCUUCUAACUUUCUUUGCCGCUCAACAUCAAGAACAAAUCUCUUUUUUACUAUUCAUGAUCUUCCUCUUCUAACUUUCUCUCCUGCUGCCGGACAACAUGAAUCCUCCUUGUUGUCCCAGUUCGAGAGUCAAGCCUUGUGCAACGCGCUGCUUUCAUUGGGUUUUCUCUACAGAAAAUUUGGUCUGCAGACUUCUGUAGAGUUUCGAAUUGCCGCUAUUUCACAUUUUGCAACGUUACUGGACAACCAUCUAGAAGUGUUGAGGAUUCAACGGGCUACAGGUAGCGUUAAUACUAGUGACGAGUUUAGUACCGGUGGCGGUGAAACUGAAAAUGAGGCGACUAGUACUCCUGUGUCGGCUACAACAUCGUCAUCGUCAAGUCUGAAUCAAACUGUCCGCGCCGCGCUCGAACUGAGUCCCGAGCAUUUUAGUAGUUGCGCUUACGCCUUGUCUGUGCUUUGUCGAAGAGAGGAGGUCCUGGGAUGUCAGAGUGGGGCUUUAGUAUCUCGGAUGGAGGUGGAGUUUCUGCGCAUUAUCACACAAGGCCUACAUCCCAGAGGAAUUGCGCAUCUCGUUUUCGCCUUCAACAAAUUCUGGCCAGGAGCUGAACGAGUGGUGCCUGUAGAAGAGGACGAUGCUCAAAAAGAUACAAGUUCAAAUGGAAGUGCUAGUACGAGUAGUGCUAGCACUAGCACUACUUCUAGUCCUCUUUCAACAGCGUCGAGUACGAGCAAAGUAUCCUCAAAGUCAAACCCACAACAAGCAGAACCACUGGAAAAAUUCAUUUCUACGUGGCGUGACCGUUUUCAAGAAGUAGAAGGCGCAUUAGAUGAAGUAGAGGUUGAUAGGCCUCUGCUGAAAGAGGUACAGAAGUUGCUUUCUGCCUUUGAAAGGGAAGCUAGUGACGAGCUAGCGAAAGCACAAAACGAUGUACUGCAGUUUUCUUGUUGUUCACUUUACGACGAGGUGGAGGAAUGAAUACGAAGUUUGGGUUUUUUUUAGUGAAAAAUGAAUUGGACGCGUUGUAAGAAUCUUCAAUAGAUACGCGAUAUAAUGAGGUAAGAAAGUACUCGGAAAAUAAAGCAAGAAGAGCGCAGCUCGCGGUAACAUUUUUCGGUCACAACUAUAAACAUUUCGAUCUUGUUCCUCUAACCUCCAGAACUGUACCAACAGUUCAUCCUGAAAAUCGAAGCUGCAAUCGCGCGCUCUUCUACAGAUUUUACUGAGACUAGCUGGAACGCCACACAGAAUCCCCAACGUCUUUUGCUGGAAGCUUCUCACAGACUACGCGGCGAGUCAGGAAAUACUAGGAAAGCUACCGAUGUCGCUCUAAAAAGUCCGUUUUUACUCGAAAUAGAAGCAGUGUUAAUACAAGCGACAGCGACUCCUGCGAGUAGCAAGAGUAGCUCGUCAUCAGGAACAGGAGCCUCCGCUUCGACCACGUCUUCGAAGCGAAUACGUGAGUGCCUAUUUCUCUUGUCGCAUUUGCAUCACAGCGUGGGUGACGGCGCAUUAAUAGCGUUGUUGGAUGCCUGUUUAGCUGAUGCCUGUUUAGCUAAAGCGGAAAAGUCAGAGCGUGAGAUGAAGCGAAAGGGUGCGGCGGAGCACUCCGAUUCAGACGAGGAAAUAAUGUCGGAUUCCGAGUUAGGGAGGACACUCUACGCGGCUUCACGCAUUGCGAAACACAAGAAAGCCACUAGCUCCACCGACCGUCUCAGUACUCCUGUUGAAACGGCAUUGCGGAGAUUUUCGCAACGUUGGGAAACACUCUGCUUACUCCGCAUCGACACCUUCGACGGACGACGUUUAGUCCAAACUCUAGCUGAAUUUGGUGAAUUGAGGCUGUUAGGCGGAGGAGGUGGCGGCAAUGUAAUUACUGGCAGUGGUGGUGGAGUCCCAGAAUCUAGUAGCAUCUUCCCGAGUCCUAGUUUUAUGCAGAUUUGGGAACUGAAGUGUGUGGAACGGGUGAGCAGUUUAGAAGCUAGAGAACUAAUACUACUCGCACUCUCCUUGGGAAGGUUGCAGUACAAGCCGGGGGACCGAUUCGCAGAGGCGUAUGGGAGGAGGGUGGAGGAAGUGUUGCAUUAUUUUUCGUGAGUGGUCUCUCUGAGGCGAAAAACUCUUAUAUGAGGAUAGCCGUAGUUAUUUGCGUAAGAAAGUAGAAAUAUAUUCCGUAUUCUGUACAACUAGAACUUUUGUGUUGAUGAGCAACGCUGUCAUCCAUUAUCCAAAUAGAAUCACGUAUACGUCGCUGACGCUGAUUGCUUAGAAGAUGCUGUUGCUUUUGCGUAGUAGAUAGAAUCACUGCACUGAACUCGCGCUGCUGUGGAUUCACUACGAACUUCACAUUUUUUGUAAGAAAGAUGAACUGGCCUCACAAUUUUUUGUAAGAUGAACUGGC